GUUGGCCAAUACUUCUGGAUAAAGAAAAGGAGGCAGAUGUACAGUAACACUAACACCGAACUAAAGAAAGCAACAAUCCUCCUACUUUCUCUUUAAGACCCAUCACCGACUCUCUCUCGCAUCUGGAUUCUGCGGCAACAGCAGAACAAUUAUGACAACAAUGGCUUCUUCAAGACUCUGUCUUCUCCUCCUAUUCUUUCUCUGCUUCAUUCUUUUUAUCAAUCAUCCAGUCAAAUGUGAUGAGGAGGAUACACUUCUUGAAGGCAUUAACAGCUACAGGAAAUCAUUGAAUCUGACAGUCCUUACAAAGAAUGACAAUGCAGAAUGCUUUGCUGAGGAAGUAGCUGAUCAAUUUAAGAGUCAGCCUUGUACGAACAGCACAGGCUCCAAUACAGUGCCAGGCACUGAGCCUCAGAUCCCCAAUUAUGAAAGUCUUUUAGCCAAAUGUCAUUUGAAUGUCUCCAACACAAAGGAUGGAUAUGUAAUGCCUGCUUGUGUUCCCAACUUGGAUCCAAGUCUUGUACUCACUAACUUCACAGAGACUCAAUACUCGGGAGAACUCAAUGACACUAAAUAUACUGGAGCUGGAAUUGGUUCUGACGGCAGCUGGAUUGUUGUCGUUCUGACUACUAACACACCUGAAGGAAGCUUUGUGACUUACAAUGCAGCCAGCCUGACAACCAAGAUUGGUCCUGUAUCUCGCUUAUUGUUUUUGCUGAUGGCUUCUUUCUUCCUGUUGUAAACUAAAUUUGUGGUUAGCAUUGAUUCUCCUAACUACCAAUUAGUCCUGGAAGGUUAUCAAUUAUAGAGCGCCUCCUACUAAUGUCCUGUAGAUCAGUGGGCAAAAAGAAAAAAAAAAUAUGGAUUACACCUGCUUCUUUUGGCAAAAUAUUUUACCUGUUUACAACUUGAUGUUUAGCGUUGCAAAAUAGUUUACUUGUUGCUAUUGAUAAUAACAUUUCAGAAUGGAUAGCUCAUUUAUGUAUUUCUUCAUCUUUGUUUCUUCAUUAAUGCAGUUGACUUUGUAA